AGGCUUAUCGGUCUUCGGCUCCGUGCAGCACGGCGAUAGUUUAUAUGGCCUGCUUGCUCCAGCACUAGCCUACGCUAUCUUCUACGACAGCGUUUAAGCAGCUUUCCAAGCCUCUUCUCCAAACCUACCGCUCCGCCCACAGCAUGGCCAUUGAAGUCAGCCCCUUGCCGCUUCCUGCUUCCGCAGAUCCGUCCAAGUUCAAGGACUUUGGCCGAGAGGUCAAGGGCGUCAACCCGGGCGAGCUCACUGAUCAGGAGUUUGAGACUAUCAGGGAUCUUCUCUACAAGCAUGAUACGCUCUUAUUCCGGGAUGUCACCCUUACCCCGGAGCAGCAGUACCGCUUGACGAAGUUGUUCGACCCCAAAUCCGAGAGUUACGGUCACGGCAAUAACAAGACGGGCAGCGAGAAGAAAUCUAUCCUCCAUCCCGACCUAAAGACCAUCCCGAGACAACCUCAAGUUCAGCUUAUCGGCAAUGGUACCGUGUACAACCACGAGGGGCUCGCGGAGGCCAUGCUGAAACACCCAUCUCAUACAACCUUCCACAAGACCCGCGUCUCUGAGAUCGACGAGGCAAACGGCAUCACUAGGUUCUACCGCUGGCACAUUGAUGCCGCGCUGUACGACCUCUCUCCACCGAAGGUCACGACGCUAUAUGGUAUCCACGUUCCUCAUGGACCCAGACAGAAGGUGCGGUACGAUGACGGCACCGGGGACGAGCUGGAGGUUCCGCUCGGCACGACCGCGUUCGUAUCGGGCAAGACAAUGUUCGACAUACUGCCAGACGAGCUGAAGAGCGUGGCGGUGCGGACGAGAGUCAAGUAUGCGCCGCACCCGUACGUGUGGAUGGCACCUGCGCGGGCGAUGUCGACAGGCUUGGGCAUCGAGAGCGAGGGUCGGGAGUUGCCCUGGGAUGAGCUCCCACCUUGGGAAGAGUCCAGGAUCAAGAUAUUGCCUAUGACAUGGAAGAACCCUGUUACUGGCAAUCUCCACUUCCAGGUACACCCUUGUGGCGUCUGCGAACUCCUCAUCGACCCUCUGCCAGAGGGUGCAAAGAGAGAAGGCGCGCUCUUCCCCGACGGCGCGCACCUGAAAGAUCUCAAGGAGGUUCGAGAGCUGCUGUACAAGAUGCAGAGGCCUGCCAUUGCGCCCCCGCUGGUCUACCCGCACGAUUGGCGUGAGCGGGAUUUGGUACUCUUCCACAACAGGGGUGUCCUACACUCGGUCGUGGGUGCAUUCACGAAAGAGCAAGUCCGUGCAUUCCACCAGUGCAAUCUCGCUGCCUCGGAUGACCCAGCUGGGCCUACCCCGGAAGACGUAAAGAAGUAUGCCUGAAGUUGAUUACCAGUCUUCAGCCAUGUUUUUGUGUUCUGGGGUUGACGUCAAGCAGUGGGGUAUUUCUUGGGAUAGUGGAACUAAAACAACCUGGAAUGUACGAAACACUGUAUACUACAUGCUCAUGAAGCCCUUUUAGGCCACAGCGGGAGAAGCUUGAAUGGCCGAGCGGUGGCAACCACAAAUUCACAAUGUCAUUCGGGUUUGGUCGAGGCCUGGUGGGUACCAAGAAGUCAAAUGGG